AUUCACAGCAGGGCUAUAUUUGUGAUCUCCCAAGUGCAUCAUCAUGCGAACUCCUGGGAUUUUUAUUUUCGGGAUGGUGCUCGCGCCUUGCGGGUGGAUUCUGGAGCUGACCAGCACCGUGGCACCAGCCUGGCGCACGAUCAACAACAUCCCGGGGGAACCCAGCGACCUGGUUCUCCAACAAGGUUUAUGGGACAUCUGCAGAACUUUCACAUCGUCCCGGGAUAUUCAGUGCAACCAGCAGGACACGCAGUACUUCAGCGCGCAGAUCAUCCAGAUCGCGCGAGGUCUGAUGCUGUCGUCGCUCAUUCUCAAUAUCAUUGCCAUCGGCGUGGCAGCAGUCGGAGUCCGAUGCUGGACUGAGAACCCGCACUGGACGGUCGCUGGGAUCGGAGGUCUCCUCAUCUUCAUCUCAGGGGUCCUCACCAUCAUCCCAGUGGCGUGGUACACUCACAUCAUGACCUCUAUCUUCUCCGCAUCCACCGAUGUUCGUGUGGGAUACUGCCUGGUGCUGGGCUUCAUCGGCGGCAUCAUGGAGGUUCUCGGAGGACUGGUGAUGUCCAUCGGCUUGUGUCGGCGCUGUGGCGGUCGGAAGCGCGAUGAAAGGCCGAGGGCAUUCGCGGUGAAGUCCACGCGCGAUCCCUCUCCACCGCACAGAGUCACGGUGCCCAGCAUCAGCAGCGUCAGCAGCAGCGUCCCGUAUUACUCCAAACAAAGUGAGAUGGACUUCGCACGAGCCAAGAGACAACAGGACAGCAGACCAGCGAAUAGCACUGCUUAUAAAGCACGACCUUACGACACAGAUUUGUGAAA